GCUGAUGGUGGUAUUGCCUCUGCUGCAGUGGGUCUACUCUGGCCGGGUGCAGGACCAGCCUGUUUCAGCAGGCAGUGGCGACUGCGCGCUGUUUGCCCGCAUGCUUCGGCUGGCCGAAGGAUGGGGACUCCGGGAUGUUGGGGAGCUGCAGGAUCUGGUGCUGGCCAAACGCAGCCGGCGCCGCCGCAGCUCAUUGGCCGAGGACCUCCUUGUGGCAUUGCGCGGCGGGCGCUUGCGCAGCGUGGUUUUCUACUGCCCCACGUUCAAAGACGACGAUGAGGACAUGGGCCUCCCCUUGGACGGCGGUUUGGCCACGUUGCU